GGUUUGUGGCACUGCUGAGGUGGUAUGGAAGCCCAGGUUUCUUUGACAGUGGCCUUCAGCUCAUCUGCAUUUUUUUGUCUCUUGUUUCUCGUUUUCCUCAUGACAAUACCCCAUAGAUUCUCUAUGGUGUUCAGGUCUGGUGAGUUUGCUGGCCAGUUAAGCACACCAACACCAUGGUCAUUUAACCAACUUUUGGUGCUUUUGGCAGUGUGGGCAGGUGCCAAAUCCUGCUGGAAAAUGAAAUCAGCAUCUUUAAAAAGCUGGUCAGCAGAAGGAAGCAUGAAGUGCUCCAAAAUUUCUUGGAAAACGGGUGCAGUGACUUUGGUUUUCAAAAAACACAAUGGACCAACACCAGCAGAUGACAUUGCACCCCAAAUCAUCACAGAUUGUGGAAACUUAACACUGGACUUCAAGCAACAUGGGCGAUGAGCUUCUCCACCGUUCCUCCAGACUCUAGGACCUUGGUUUCCAAAUGAAAUACAAAACUUGCUCUCAUCUGAAAAGAGGACUUUGGACCACCGGUAGGGCUGUCGCGAUAACCGCAAUACCGCGCUAUUGACGAGCAUAACCGCAGAGGAAUGCAACAACAGCAGCAACCGCGAUAUUUCAGUGUUUUCUUUUUCGUAAGGUUACGCCCUUCUUGUUUUACACUUCGUGCAAGUGUACUGAAUAUUAGCAAUGAUAACAAUGUGUUCCAUGCUGAUUUGCACAGAGGCUCAGUAAAUUUGCACUUAACAAGCCUAAACAGACUGCGUGCGAAUGAGAGAGAGAUCGACUGAUCGUGUGCGAUUACCUGCGUCUGUCCUUCAGGCCGAGUCAUGUAUAUUUGUGAAAACAAGUUGUCAUGUCCAAGGAAAGCAAAUCUGUCUUAGCAUCGACGCUCUGCUGGUCAGCUGAGCCUUUAAAAGUGGCGCUCAAAGUAAAAAUGAUUUAAACAGCGUGUUUCAUUACAAAUCUCUGAAUGAAUCAGCGUUUUUGAACGUGUAGUUGAAUGAAGACUCACUCAAGACAGUUCCUUGACGCUACCUUGUGGCGUAAUAAUGAAGCUGCACUGACUGACAGCCGUCUAGAACACGCAGGUGAAAUAUCAACAGAAAAAGUAUCUGGUCAGUCAGAUUCGAGGAUCAGAACUAACUGUUAUAUAUAUAUAGGCUAACAAUAUACUAAUGAUCUCAUUGUCAGGUUUAUGUUUUGUUAUGUGGACCGUUAUUUUGUCAUUCUCUUCUGUUUACUUCACUUCCUGUUUCAACGCGAUUUAGUUUCGGUUUCAUAUAUACGCGGUAAUACCGCAUACCGCGCUAUUGAGCCACUCAAAAUUACCGCAAGGGAAAUUCCUUAACCGCGACAGCCCUAACAACUGGGCAACAGUCCAGUUCUUCUUCUCCUUAGCCCAGGUCAGACUGGUCAGUUUUCAGAGACACGUUUGAGUGAGGGAGGUUAGAGCGUGUGUGUGCACCCGGGAUCAGAGUAGAGGAGCUGUAAGAACAGGGCGGUGUGUGUUCUCGUCCCUGCUGGUCGGGGUACGAGUAGGGAGCUGGCCUCCCCAAAUUUUUGAAUCUCAUUUCAUCAUCUUUGUCAGAAAAAUUAAUGCAAAUGGAAGAGGGAUACCGAAGCUCCUCCGAGCACGCUGCAGCCGCCCAUGUGAUGGAGGUGAAAGGCUACAUUAAGGAGUUCACCCGUCACUCCAACGACGUGUUGCUGAACUUAAAUGAACUGCGGCAUCGGGACAUCCUUACAGAUGCCACGCUGCUUGUGGGCACCGCCAGGCUGCGCGCCCACUGCGCCGUGCUCAUCGCAUGCAGUGGAUUCUUCUACACUCUCUUCUCUCGUCGAGCGGCCGGUGCUGGCGGUGAGCGGGGGUUUUCUCUCACUCUGCCAGAGGGGCUGGACGCAGGCAGCGUGUCCCUGCUGCUGGACUUCAUGUACACCUCCUGCCUCCCUCUCACUCCCCAGACAGUAUCUGGCGUGCUCGCCGCUGCCACCUAUCUGCAGAUGGAGCAUGUCGCUGACACCUGCCGAGCAUUUAUUCACAGUGAAAGGAUCUCUGAGAGUCCUUCUUUGAUGGAGCCAUCCUCCAGAGCACCCCUCGGUGGAAGGUCACCACCUGCUCAUCCCACCAUCUUCUCCUCACCCUCCAGGCCUACCGCUGAGGCAGAAGAUCCCAUCCCAGACCGAGCCAGGGUUCCAAGUGAGAGCUUUGCCUCGCCAGAUCCAGAAACUUGCCUGAUUGCUAUCCCCAAGUCUCAGACCCUAAAAUUAGAGGAAUCCUCACCUGCAACCCCACCCACACCAUCCCCAGACAGUCCUUCCCAUUCCAGCGGGCAGCCCAACUCACCUGCUGAGUCCAGUGGCUGCAGUCUGUCUCCCCAGUUAAAGAAGCGAUCUGAAUUCAAGCCUGCUCCUGACCCAAAGGCCUGUAACUGGAAGAAAUACAAGUAUAUUGUCCUCAACCCUCUGUGUGCCACACCUAUAAAGGAGGAGGGGCCUGAAGAGGAGCGGCAAUCACACAGCCACGCCUCCUUUGACAAUGAUAGGAUGGAAGUCUCAUCUAAAACAACAAAUAACAUUUGGACAGGGGAGGAGCCUGGACUGAAUAAUAGGAAAACCUUGUCUCUUCCAUACAACACAUCACAGCAAAAAAUAUAUAUUAGUCCCCAUCAUGUUCUGGAGAGCAGUUUGCAUCCCCUGCCUCUUUCAGUCGGUGAGGAUAAAGGUCUCUGCAGUCCUUACAUUUGUACCCCAAUUGCCAAUCAGAGUCAUUUACUGGGCCAACACCCAAUCAAGUUUGAGAACCUCUCUACACAGCUCAGUUACCCUGGAAAUCAAGCCAUGAACACAAAAUCUACCUGCUCAGGAGACAAGCCUUACCGUUGUAAUGUGUGUGGAGCACAGUUCAACCGGCCUGCCAAUUUAAAGACUCAUUCCCGCAUCCACUCUGGAGAAAAGCCCUACCGCUGCGACACAUGUGGAGCCAGAUUUGUCCAGGUAGCUCACCUGCGUGCCCAUGUUCUGAUCCACACUGGGGAAAAGCCGUACCCAUGUAACACCUGUGGAACACGUUUCCGCCACCUGCAGACACUGAAGAGCCACCUGCGCAUCCACACUGGAGAGAAGCCUUACAGCUGUGAGAAAUGUCACCUGCACUUCCGUCAUAAGAGCCAGCUGAGGCUUCACCUGAGACAGAAACACGGCGCAAUCACCAACACCAAGAUCCGCUACAAGGUUCUGGCUGACCCGUACCAACCUGGACCCACCCUGCUACAAGCUUGCUAAGAGGCAUGUCGAAACAUCUCAGGCACCGGUGCUAUAUGCUCUCUCUGCAGAUAGGUCAAGAUCUAAAUUGAAGAUUUAGGCUGAAGAUUAAUGGAUCUAUAAAACAGUAUUGUAAAGAGCUUAAAAAGGUGGAGUGCUGCAUUCGAGGACAGCUUGACUAUAAAUGUACCAAUGAAUGUAGUCUUCCAAGAAUGCAGCACUCCUGCACUAGAUGUGCUGACUAUUAUCUUUAUUAUUUGUUCAAAUAUUUUUUAUUUAUUUUGCUUUGCAUACUUUAUUUUCCUCAUGCUAUUUAAUCAGUGAUUUUGUUGUCAUAUUGGCCACUUUUUCUGUGGCAGGAAAAAAUGUGAAAAGCAUUGUCAAAAACUAUAUAAGGCCCUAUUCUGAUGGUAAUUAUUUCUCUUGGGGAAUAUGAGAGUAUUAUAACAAGAUGCUAAACAAUUAUCAUCCAAAUAGGGCUUAAGACGGUAAAAACAAAGCAUGUUAUUUUUAAAUACUUUAAUAGAUAUGGAAUUAAAUGGGUUUUUUUUUUUUUUUUUGCUGUUAUGACAAAGAUGGAUUGUGGCAGAGUGUGAAGGUGUUUAUUAGGAGUUCAGAUUUGAGGUGUAAGAGCUGAAUGAAGGUAAAAAUGUUUAGAUAUAUGGAAUUCUGCAAGAAAGUGGGAAAGAUUAUGAAAGAAAGAUAGAUGUAGAAAAAAAGUGUAAAGAAGGAAUUAAGCAUGUUUGAGAAAGAACAGAUAAAAGAUACAUUGAAUGUUUUUUUUAAAUUAAUGAUGUAAUUUUAUUUAUUUAUUUUGUUUUGCCCAAAAGUAUUGCUCUUAUUUGUUCAUGGAUCCUUUCUGGUGUUUGUACUAUAUUCUGUUUCCUAUUUAAGAAGAUAACAGAACAACCAGAAUGUAAAAACUCAAAUAUAACCUCUUAGUUGUUUAUUUACCAGUUAUUCAGUAUGUUAACGUACUAAUUUAAAAGGCCUGGAGCCUAUUUAAGUAAUAAGAAUAAAAUUUGUAGAGGUCUAGCCUCUCUGUGUAUCUUCUUAAUGAUACUUAUGUUUGAGAGACCAUUUCAUUAUUUUUAUGGUGUAUUAUAGUUGCUGAGAGUCCAAGCAGGUUGAGGACUCACACUAGCCAAACUAAUAUACAUGUAAAGAUUGAUGAUGAUGAUGAGGAUGAUGAGAAUGAUGUCAACAAUACUGUGUUGCGCUCUUUUGCUGGACAAAGACAAGACCUAUUUUAUAUAAAUUAAAGUUAAAUUAAUUUAUCAUUAUUGUGUGUGUGUUUGUCUGCUACAGUGUUGUUUUAGUAUUAUGGUGAUAUUUUUAUAGUUUUUAUUUUCUAUUUUAAUUUUGAAGUGUUAGCAAUUUUUGUUAUGUGUUGUUUUUUUUAAACGUGUUUAUACAGUUUUUAUUCAUUUUUAUAUCAGUUAAACG